CCUUCGCCCCUUCGCCUGCCAAGUUCCUGACUUUUUCCUCCUGUCCGUUUUUUUUUUAAGGUCUGCUUUUGCUCCCCGGAAGGGAUCGGCCUGCUUGCGCUCCUCAUGGCUGAGAAAGGACAAAAUGAGUUGCUAAAAGCCCGAAACAGGACCCUGAGCGUCUUCCGCGAAGAAGCAGAACGGGAAUGGAAGGCCCCUUUCUAUUUUAUUCAAGGGGCGGAUCCUCAGUUUGGACUGAUGAAGGCCUACAGCAUCGGCGAUUGCAGCAGCGGUGGGGACGAAUGGGAAGCCGAAUUGCAACUCACCCGACAAGCUGUGGAAGCCAUUAACCGCCUGAACCCGCCACCCAAAUUCUUUGUCCUCUGCGGAGAUUUAAUACACGGCAUGCCUGGGACGGAAUGGAGGGAGGCCCAAAUUCGGGAUCUAAGAAACGUCCUGAAGGACCUUCGAAGCGACAUCCCUCUGGUUUUUGUCAGUGGCAAUCACGACCUGGGGAAUACGCCCACGCCGGAGACGGUCAGCGAUUAUUGCCAGCAGUGGGGUGAUGAUUACUUCAGCUUUUGGGUCGGCGGCGUCUUCUUUCUCGUGUUGAAUUCCCAGCUAUAUUUCGAUGCUUCUCAGUGCUCAGAACUAAAGGCGGUGCAGGACGCCUGGCUGGAGCAGCAGCUGGCCGUGGCGGGAAAAAAACAAUGCCGCCAUGCCAUCGUCUUUCAACACAUCCCCUUCUUCGUCAACGAACCUGAAGAAGACCACAACUACUUCAAUUUGGAGAAGGCUGUUCGACACGAGCUCCUAGAAAAAUUCUGCCGAGCAGAUACGAUGACUACCCUGGACAGAUUAACUUUGAUGGAGCCGUGUUCAGCGAAGGAACUUCGGGGAGAUCUGAAAACCAGGCUGGGUAUUAAAACGGUAUUUUCUGGACACCUUCACAAGAAUGCUGGAGGAACAUACAAAGAUCUCGACAUGAUCAUUUCAUCGGCCAUCGGAUGCCAGCUAGGAGAUGACAGCCACGGUGUGCGGAUGGUGGGGGUCACCGCAGAAAAGAUCAUCCAUCGAUAUUACAGUCUGAGCGAGCUGAGUAACCAAGCAAAAAUCGAAAAAGAGUUUAUGGCGUUGAUAAAACCAAAUUAGUUCUAGGUUCUGAAUAGCAUUUUUCUUUCUGUUUCCGUGAUUUUGUUUUUUUUAAAUCAUAGCUUUGAUUGUUAUUUGCUAAGGAAACAUCUCACAGCUGAAAAGAAUACAGAUAUGCAAACUCUGAAUACUUUCUCCCAGUCAUGGAAAGAUCUCGACUUUCAUUAUUGAAUAGUGACACCCCUCUAGAAUUUGUAACCAAGACAAGAAAAUACGGGGAAUGUCCCACUCUUAGAAAACAAGCAGCUCUUUUUUUUUUUUUUUUUGCAUGCAAAGGCCCUUGUGGAUAAGCAAGAUAAUUCUGUCUCUUUAGCAAACCAACAAGGCUGGAACAGGCUAUGAUAUCAUGGGGACCGUAAAAAAGGAAUCUCUGCUAUUUCAGAGCAGAUGGCGGGCAUCAUUAUGCCCUUAUAUAAUAGAUCAAAUUAAAUUCACAUUUUCUCUGCACGAUUUUUGCUGAGUUACAGACUUCCGUCACAGCUAGGGCUUCUCAAAUGAUGCCACGUACCAAUUUUGUGCCUUUUGCCUCUCGGAGAUUAGCACGCUUUGCCCUCUUCCGUAAAUAUACCUGUAGGCAGGAUCAGGAAGGGCUAAAUAAGUGGCAGUUGAGAAGAAGUCAUUUCCUAAUUCACAUUUAAUGGAUUGAGAA